UGUGCGCGUAUUUGCGUUUUUCGCGCGGAGAUCGGCGCGUCAUUUCGCAUUUAUGCCGAGAAGAAUGUCGUACUGCUGCAUCCCCAAGUGUAAAUCCAACGCGAAGCGCAAAGUGCCGGGCAUUUCUUUUCACGAAAUCCCCAGCGACGCCGAGGUGAGAGCCGAGUGGCUGAGACGCAUCCCGAGAAAGGACUGGGUUCCGAACACGACGUCGCGCUAUUCGGUCGUCUGCAGCAAGCACUUCAUCCCGAGCGACUUCAAAGAGGGAUGCAAGAUCCGCAUGCUGAAAAAGGGUGCGAUUCCGAGCCUGUUUGAUGUCCGCCCCGAGUCGCCCGCGAAGAGAUCUGAUGCCCCUGACGCAGUGCGCAAGCGGGAAGCUGCCAAACCGCACCCUGGUCCAGUUGCCUCUCAGCCUCCGCCCGUUGUAGGGCGUGCCGCUGUACACAGUACGGGUGACGAUAGUUCCAGCCGUCAUCCGAUCCAGCCAUCAGCAUCGUCCAUGAUGUACUGUGCGAUUCCGGGCUGCUGCUCCCAAGUGGGCGUCACCAGGGACGUGGUGUUCCACGAGUUCCCAUCCAACGCGGAGCGUCGAGAGUCGUGGACACUGGUUGUGCGCGCACUCCGGCCACCCUCCCGAGAUUUCGACGAUCCAUGGGUGCCGUCCGAGUACGCGAAGAUAUGCAGCAAGCACUUCACGCCGGACGACUACAUACAGGCCCGCAAGAAGCGUUACCUGGCGCCCCACGCUACGCCCUCCCUGUUCCUGGAGGCAUGGGACGCCCAAACGCCUGGUCACCGUGGCCGGCCCAGGAAGCAACGGCGAGCCAGAGAUAGCUCUUCGACCGUCGUUGUCAACGAGUCACUGAGCAAGGCAGAGUCUAGCGAGAGGCCUCCAAUCAGCACUACUACAACACCCGUGGUCAUACGUCAUCUGCUGGGGGACAGUUCGCACUCUAAGCGCGACCACCAGGGCACAACUGACUCCGUCUCGAUGCGGAUUUCAAACGUGGUUUCAAGCGGAUAUGCCGACGUCAGGCUUAGCGCCGAAACUCUGGAGCCCAGUGAGAACGCGGACCCCCACGUUAGGCUUGGUGCCGUGAAUGUGGUGGGAAGUCGUGACCAACAAACACCCGACGUUGUACCGCUGCUAGGCAGCCGCGCCGUGGCGUUGUCCAUUGGUUGCCAGACGCAUGUGACGGGACUAACAAUAGAGGCCUACGAGGAGCAGAUACAUUCACUGAAGAAUGAGUGCAAGAGACUGCGGGCGGAGUUGUGUGCGCUGCGUUGUCUUGGUGUGAACACAAUAUGCGGUGGCAGUGUGACAAGUAAGCACUCGGCAAAUUUGAAUACAAAUAUUUAAAAGCUUUUCUUUCCUGCGCUCAAAACUGCACCUCAACUUUGGAAAAUGUAGAACAGCAACAUGCGUCUAAUUAUUUGAAAAUGGAAUGAGUAGAAAAUUUUUCAACACUUAAAAAGCGUUGAGACAUUAUGCUGAGCUUCGGGUCCCAAAAUGACAUGUGGUAUAACGGGAAAGCUACAUUUUUUGAUGGUGCUUGUGCCAUCGUGACACACGUAGCCUGCCCACCUCUCGCCGACAGCUGCAACUCAACAAUCGACUUAGCGGAAUCCAGUUGUCUCUGAGCCUCGAUAUCGCAGCGAUUGCUAAUUGUGUUUUUUCACUGGUCGAUCCGGAGCAGGAUUUUUUGCUCCAUGGUGGUGAAUCGGUGUUUCACUGGUCCAUUGGGAGUGGGUUCGCACGUUCCACUGGUCGUUUCAGAGCAACUUGCUCCGCGCCAGAUUGCUCUCACUUGCUCCGCCGCCAAGCCGCUGAUUCGGGCGGAAACAGAAGGAGCAGCAUACGUCACUUUCGUCGUUGUGCGAGCAACCGCGGUCGCUCUUUGCAGCGGCAGCAGAAGUUGCUAUGGAAACAUGCAGAGCGGAAACAGGAAUAGUUUCUGGAACUGGUUUACGUGACUUGUGCAUAAAGAGCUUCCGCGUGAUCUCAUUACAAGUGCUCCCGCAUUUCACUGGCAGAUUCGGCUGCCGCUCUGGAUCGGAAAAUUUGAAUACAAAUAUUUGAGAGCUUUUAAAUGCUUUUUUUUGCCUCCAUUCAAAACUGCGCCCCAGCUUUGGAAUGUGUAGAACAGCAAUGUGCUUCUAAUUAUUUGAAAAUGGCAGAUUCAGCUGCCGCUCUGGAUUUUCCAGAGAAAAACGCCAUAAGCCAUGGAAUUUGCUGUAUUGCUGAGUGAAAAAUCGUGCCAUGUGAAAUGACCUUCAGAAGGCUUGUUUGGCAAUAACUUUUCUGCUCUUCAGCAAUCCUCACCUUUAGGUUUUUUGCUCAAGAUGUUCGUUAGCCAGGACCACUGGUACGAGGAGGUACAGUAUACACGGAUUGAAACACAUAAUAUUUUUCAGUAUAACAACUACUAUGAGCAAUUGCUUGUGAUAACUGGGCGAUGCCACUAAAAAUCUUCAUGCUAAAGGUAACGCUGGCUCUGAUGUAAGCAUAUUCGAGUCAAAAUUAAGCCAAUAUCAAACGAAAUGUAGACACUGAAAACGAAAAUAUGAGCAUUACUGAGCCCCAAAUUUUUGCGUUUCAAUCUGUGAGUACAGUACUUCUACAAAUGGCGUGAAAAAUGGGACAGAUUAUAAGUAGUACGCACAGUGAAGGCACCAAUUUGUGUGUCAGGACGUAAAGGAAGACGCUCACCAAAUACAAAAAGAACUUUAAGAUAAAAGACUGCUCCUGCACAGGGGCCUAACCAUUGUGAACAAGGCCCCAAAAAAGGUACCAUCCCAAUACAAAAUGAACUUUCAAAUAAAAAUGUCUUUUAUUUUAAAGUUCACUUUGCAUUUGGUCGGCAUCUUUUUCUUUACCUUUGAUCAUGAUCACUCCCGACCAAACGAGUUUUUGUCGAGCUCUUGAUUUCAUGAAUCGUGUGACCCUUAAUCUCUGUCCCGUUUUCGCGCUGUUUGCUGUAGUAUUCCUUCUUCCUGUCAUCCCAGAAGUAAAUGACUCGUGCAAGUUUCCUUGCGUCAAAUAAAAUUGAGCGUUCAACAGCAAUCUGUCCACACAAUAACAUUUUAUUUGUAUCACCAACACCAAAAAGGUGAUAUUGGUGGACACAACAAAAGCACAUACAAAACUUGCAUAUGCCAGCAUCCCGCAAGACGUCUCGCGCCGGACGCCGAACGGCUGCUGAGUAAAAGGCAUCGGCGGCACCGCGCCUGUCGUUUUGAAGGCUUUACCAGCACCGCGUCAUUUGAGCAGCAGUUGACGCACAGCACGAGAGUCCAGCGAUAGCGGCAACAACGGUGAAACACAGGCGGUUGGGAAAGACAAAAUGGGAACAUACAUUGUAAAUACAAAGCCUUCUUUGUUAAAAAAAUACUAGUCCAAAAACUAGGGGACUUCCUACAACAUCCAUGAGGAGAUCAGUGGGCACAUAAUGUUCAACCCAAGACGAAGGCGAUUCACGUUAAUUGGCCUACAGCUAUGUCCAUUACAUUUUUUUGCUAACGCUAAAAAAAAUGGAAGUUAGUUGAAUGCCAGUACGACUGCCAGUGCGACUUGAAAAACAGUGCACAUGCUCAUUCAGUUUCUAUAGCUUCCCUUUCAAGCAGGCUCCAUGUUUACAGCUUGUGUUUAACAAUGUACGCUUGUGAGAUCACAGUUUCAAAUGAAAGUUGAUUACACUUCCUCGAGUCUGCAAAAUUGGGGAAUCUCGAAGAGUUUGCACUUAUCUGCCUGUUGUGAGAUGAAUUUUGAAUUGUUUCUUGUCACAUCAAUAUAAUCGGACACAACUUGAGAAGGCAGGAAAGCCCUGUCCAGAUUACUGAAGUGCGACUGCCAUAUGUCUCCACGACUAAAGAAAUGGUAUUGUUCGUGAGCCAGACAAUGAAGUCACCGGUCGUCACCAGCUUACAACAUCGGUCUAGUGUGCAUGCACAUUCAUGCACCUUUUGCGACUCCAGUCACUAGACUGACGUCUAGUGUGCAGGCUCAUACAUCUUUGGUGAGGAAGUGUCGCUGCCUUCUAAAGUUGCAUUUGACUAUAGAGGCAAACAUGCAGUCAAACUGAAGUCAACUAAUAGUCCAAAACAUCCAAGGUGUCACUGGCACAUCGCUGGUGGACAGGGUUCAAUCGGACAAUAUUGGCGUAAACGUCGUGGCAUACGCGGACAUAACACUUUCCGUUUACAAUUCUUAACAUGUAGUCAACAACCGACACGCCCAGAAAAGCUCGAAUGGUGCCCUCACAGUACACCAGGCACGUUGUGGAUCACAUUCAGGGACGGUCUGCCAGUGGCUGAUCCGCAGGCAGCGGUGACGAGAUUACGCUGUAGUCGCUUUUACAGACAGGCUUGGACAACGUUUAGGACAGGUUGCAGCGAUACAGGAGGCCCAUAGGCUUCGGCUUUUGGUCCAGGUGGCCGUCUGGGGCAUCCCUGGCAUUCGUCGCGUCCGUAGAACCUGGCACUGAAGCGAAAGCAAUGGCUCGACGAAUGUCCGCAGAAGGCGACAAGAAGGAAGGGAGGUGUACAUCAUACAUGCCGACAAGCAUGGGUGGCAUCCGAAAAGUGGCUAUA